AAUCAAGUCAUAUGUUUUAUUUUUUGUUUAUGUUUACAUUGAAGUUUAAUUUGAAAAUUUUUAGACUAUAUAUUUGAAAUAUAUCCUAAUUGUUAGAAUUAUUUAAAUCAAUUGUGCUAUGCUUACUAGCUAUUAUAAUUUUUUCUAGUUUCAUCACUGUAACCUAUUUAUUUAAACUCUCAAAAAUGGAUGACGAUAUACAAAACUGUUGCAGAAUAUGUCUAGACGUUGAAUCCGACCAUGUACCCGUACUGGGAGAUCCUACAAUCCACUUGCAUAUGAAAUCGUGCCUCGAUAUAACAAUUUCUCAAAGCGAUGAACUUCCUAAAGUUAUUUGCCGGCGUUGUGAGUCUCAACUGAGCGAUUUUUAUAAUUUCCAACUGAACGCUCGCUGUUCCCAAGACUGGUUAGAAUCUUCAAUUCAGGAGAAAUCGAAGAAGCCAACAGAAAAAACGCAGUUGCAGCCUCUCCCCGACUCGGAGUACAACUCCGAUUCUCUUCUGGAGUUCUUGAACAAUACGGCAAAUAUAGAGGAAUAUUUAAAUAACCUAGGCAAAGAAGAUAUACCAUCUAUAGUACAUUUACUCGAUAGAAAUGCAAGUGAACUGGACGUGACGAAUAAAUCUUUUAGUGGGAAAUUAAAAAAAAUAACUACACCAAAGAAAAAGGAGCUAAAAUCGAAUUGUGUGAAAAUGGAAAUAGAUGUUCUAGAUUCGGAUAUUGAAAUUGUUAAGGAGAUACUAAUGAAGGAGACUGAACCGAAAAGCAAAACAAGGAGUACGGAUAAAAGUCCUUUGGUAUGUUUUGGUUGUAAAACUAAGUUCGACAAUGCACAUAGAGUCUCACAGCAUGUCAGUACAUGUGAUACUGCAUCCCGUACAUGCAUAAAUUGUAAUAUGUUAUUUGAUUCGAGACAAAAAAUGUUACAACAUGCCAUUGUACAUAAUACAUCUCUUACAUGCAACUGCGGGAAACAGUUUGCUAAUAAAGAAAAGUUGUUGUUACAUCAUAAAACAUGUCUAAUUGAUUACGGAGCUGUCAUGGGCUGUGUGUACCGUUGUAAGCAGUGUGGGGAAACUUACAAUGAACGAUUUCAACUGUACAAACAUGUGAAGGAACAUGUGGUGAAAUCGGAAGAGAGGAGUUGUGAUGUAUGCGGUCACAAGUUCAAUGGUGAUGAAGCAUUAUUGAAACAUAAAAAGGAGGAACAUAAAACUGGUGAUUUAUACAGGUGUAAAGUAUGCAAUUUAACAUCAGCUGAUCGCAAAGAAAUAUACCUCCAUGUUAAAAACCACAUGACGCUCCCUGAGACCAGUCGACAUCUAUGCGAAUCAUGCGGUCGCAGUUUCGCAACGCGAAAUACACUGGCACGUCACUCCAUGCAGCAUGCCAAGUUAAAACACUGCAAAUGUAACAUCUGUGGUGAAACAUUCUGUGAUAUUAAAUCUAGAGAUCAACACUUGUCCGAACAUGUUAAUAUUGUGAUGUGUGACCGAUGCGGGCAAAAUGUUGACAGUGGUAAAUUGGAUUUACACAAAUGUGUAUAAGUGUAUUUAAUUUGAAUAUAACUUUUGAGUUGUUUGUCGA